GUGAAGAGGCGACUGAAGGAAAUGGAAGCCAACUCUCACCCCAGAUUAGACGGCCGCUGGCUAUGCUUGGCGAUGCUCUGGCUGUGUAUGGAACUAGCACAAUCCACCAUGGAUGGACAACAGGAGGGGAGCCCUUGUUGCUCGUCAACUCUUGCCGGAGUCCCUCCGAAAUCCUGUGGCAAAUGUGGUGGUGGGAAGUGCUGUAAGGACAAGCCAUGCCAUCAAUGCCGGGCAGUGCCAACGUGUCCAGAAGGGCAGGAACUGACCUGUUCAGGCACCAUUGACUUCAGAUAUUUCUGCAGCCCAUGCCCUAAUGGAACUUUUUCUGAUGCCAAAGGCAGCUGUUGCAGACCUUGGGCAAACUGCAAGACGUUGGGGCUUCCCGUUCGACGACCAGGGAACACAACUCACAACACGGAAUGUGGCGACACGAGACCCGUCACCGUAGUUAUGCAAACUGAUUCCACAGUCACGACUAUCCUGACCAUUGUGACAGCAACGGGCCUCUCUCUUCUCAUCCUGCUGACGUUCUUUUUAAUCAUCUGCGUAUGGACACAGAAGAAGAAACUGCCCCUGGUGCAAGAGCCUGAAUCCACCCACCCUUCAAACUUCCUAGGAUCUCAUCGUGAAGACACCUGCAGUUGCCAGUUCCCAGAGGAAGAGCAUGGGGAGAACAUGGACAUAUGGAAGGCCUCACAGAUCUCUUUGGCCCAUUGAAAGAACUUGGGGUGGAUCCACAAGCAUGUGCAAAACUCGCCCUGCAAUAUCUAGGCGGCUGAACUAUAAGGACGGCAG